AUGGAUGGCCUAGGAGUACUAGCACAGCAAGUACUCGGUGCUUAUUCUGGUUUCCAGGACAAGCCCUCAUUGACACCUCAUGCUACUUUCGAGAUCUCGGUAUUUGCCAAGUCAUAUCACGCAGCGGGUGUCGAAAGCGCCAAAAGAGACAUUGUGCAGCGCGAAGUCUUGGAAGCUGACGUGGAGGCAUGGGCAACGACAGAUCUCACCGAUGCCACUGGUGCUGUCGCUGAAGCUAGUCUGAGGCUGAUAUGCGUCGAUAGGGGCCGUGAUAAUACGAUGAGCAUGUCCAAGGCAGCCUUCACAUCUCUCACAACCGCCGCUGGAGUCAAUCCGGCAGCUCUCUAUAUGGUUUGCGGCCAAUACGACGGCUUCCAUUCGUUCAACAGCCCCGGCUCGCUUCAAACCUGGUUCUUCGGAACAUCCUCGCACGCGGUGUUAUGGACUUUUCUUCCCUCUCACAGAAGGACCGUCGGCAUGUUUAUGCACCGUCGACGAAGUCUCUUCCAAGACUUUUGCCAGGUGCUGUCCGUCUUCGCCCAUGCCAUCCACGCCCCCCAUGUGAUGCUUCUCAGCGGGUGCGUCCAACAGCAGCACUACUUUGACAGGGAGACCGCCUCCGAGCUCAGUACCAUCCACAUGAUUGAGAAACGCACAGGGUUUGGGCCACGCAGCGCGGUGGCCGGCUCAGCCGCGUCGAGGCCAACUGGUAGCACGAUUCGUGCCGAGAUCGACGAGCUUACGGCCUGGUCGCAAGCCAUUGGCGAGGUGGGAGGCAAAGUUACCAACAAGUUCCGUCACCAGAGGACCUCGGAGAGGAUGCUGGGCGCUCUAAAGGAAGGGUUCCAAUGCUCAGGGGCCGCGGGAUUGCCUCCAGGCCGGGCGAUGGAUAUGUACAGAGCCAGUCUGGAUGAGCUGUGCGGCGUACUGCCCACAAUCGAACAGCACAUGCACACCUACGAGGAGUAUCUGAAAUAUCUGAAGCAUCGAACAGAGAGGCUUUCCUCCGUGCUCUUCAUCUUGCUGACGCAUGUGGAUGCUCGUGCCAGCAUCGGUCUGGCUGUGGCUACAAGACGGGAUAGUUCAUCGAUGAAGACGGUGGCGAUCAUGACCAUGGCCUUCCUGCCGGGCACGUUUUUCGCCGCCCUCUUCUCGAUGCCUCUGCUUCAGUGGGAUGGGUCGCGGAUAGUUCAGGAUGGGUUCUGGGUGUACUUGGCGUGGACCAUACCAGUCACAUUGCUCGUCUUUGGCCUGUGGAUUGCUAUCACAAAGGGCAAAUCCAUUACAGACAUGUGCAGGCGCGUUUGGGAAACUUGA